AACACACAUUCCAUCUACAGGCACCCCAUCUACGGACACCUCAGCGUCAAAGUGACCUUACUAGGCCUACACCUUGGUUAUUUAUUUCUUUUAGUGCCCCAGAACUUAAGAAGACCUGAUCAUGUGGCCAGAUAGCCCUAUGCCGGUACGACUUACUACUGAUAUGGCACUGCAGAGGUAUAACGCGCCAGCACCGCCCCAAAUACUUGUAACUGGCGCCCUCUGAUGUUCUCUUGGACUUGAUGCAUUCCUUGCGUUCAACUUACCCACGAUUAUUGCUUGGACUUCGUCGCCCAUCAUCCUGCGCUCUAGCUGCCGUUCUACCAUGAGUGUGUCUAAAGCCCAGCUCUUAGCCAUUGCCAGUGUUCUGUUUGUGUUCUCCGCGUACACUAUAAGUCCAGCCAAUGGCCUGACUCAGGAUCGUGGCCAUAUCUCAACUCGACGUACCGUUCUCGAUGUGACCACGAACGUUACAUGUUCUUCGGAGUACUCGUGGAUGAACAACGAUGAAGGGCAAUCGCCAUGUCUGGUGGUUGGUUAUGUCCAGGCAGCUUGCGCAGAGGAUUCUUGGUCCAUAACCCCUUUGCUGAGCGGACACCACUAUGAUCAGCCUAAUGUAACAACUGGUACAAUAAACCCUUGCUCUUGCUCUUGGUCGUCCUAUAACCUAUAUAGCGCCUGCACAGUAUGUCAGGGUUCAUCUGGGUCUGUUCUGGUGUGGGGUACCUACAGUGCCGAGUGCCCUUCAUCUGACACGAGCUCGUAUUUCCCGUCUGGAUAUACGAUAUCCACCAACACUUCCAUACCUUAUUGGGCUAGCAUGAACCCCAGUGACUGGACCAACGUUAUUUUCAACACAAGCCAAGCCCAAACACUAGCCAACGAACACAAAGCUGACCUCACACCUGGAACUUCGAACACUUCGAGCAAAUCAUCAAUAGUUGGCCCAGUUGUCGGCGGCGUUGUCGGUGGCGUCGCUGCCCUCGUGAUUGUUGGCAUCAUUGCCUUCAUAUUGUACAAGCGGAAAAAGGAUACAACACAGCUUAUGUCACCAGUCGACCUUGAUGGCGACGAAAACAUGGCGCCUCGGGGUACGACGGGGCUAGCAGCAGUAAAAGCACACAUGUCACACGCCCACUCGCCUUCAGACUCGUCGAGCUAUUCCUACUUGAUGACAACGCCUGCCAUGCAGUUGCAGGAGGUGGGUCCACGAUAUGCAUCACCCGGAGGGAUUUCUUCAGUUGCGAUGACACCAACGCUGUAUACCGGUAGCAUGGUUUCUCGGCCCAAUGUACCUAUGGUCUGAUAGGGACUGGAGAUUGACUUGUAGAUUAUUUUGCACAUUAUGUAAAGUUGGGAUUCCUUGCGUUUGAUUCUUCUCGAUGCCCUUUAUGCAUGUUGACACACAUUCAAUACAUAGUAGGCGUCUGACCAACAUUUGCUAGCCGAACUCCUAAAA